AAACAAGCUGGGCAACGAGGAGAGCAAGAUGCCAGACAUCUGCUGUCAGCAGGUACCCGCGGAGAGCAGAAAGGAGACUGGAAGCCUCCCCACAGGGCCGGAACCCAUGCAAGUCCUGGCACCUCCAGCGGACACCCCGUGCGGAUGCCCAUGCUCGGAACAGCCUCAUCCCUCCAACUCCGUCCCCAGAAUGUCCUGCACUGAGGCCCCACAGCCUAUCUCAGCGGGUGCCACCACCACAAGCACCAUCAUUGCUUUGGGGCCCACUGGGCGUCUCAGUAUCUCUGUGGAGGGUGACCUGGAAUGCUUGGUGUGCCGAGAGCCUUACAACUGUGCCCGGUCCCCCAAGCUGCUUAGCUGUCAGCAUACCUUCUGUGCUGUAUGCCUGAAGCUUCUGCUAUGUGUGCAGGAAGACACCUGGUCCAUCCCCUGUCCACUGUGCCGAAAGGUCACUGCCGUCCCGGGAGGCCUCAUCUGCAGUCUGCGAGACCAGGAGGCGAUGGUGGGGCGUCUGCCAUGCCCAGAGGUGCGCCUCUGUCCCCAGAGGCUAGUGGGUUCUGCUGCUUCAGCAGCUCGGCCAGCCAACUGGACAGGAGAAGAUGAACAGGACGUAGUGAGUGUCAACCGCGUAGCUGCCCGGCGCCUGGCUGUACACUUGCUCUUGUUGGCUCUUCUCAUUGUCCUUAUCCUGCCUUUCAUCUACCCCGGCGUCAUCCGGUGGGUGCUGGCCUUUGUCAUUGCCCUGGCGCUCCUGAUGUCCACCCUAUUCUGCUGUCACCCCCAGAGUCAGAGUAGCAACUGGCCUUGCCCCAGGACUCUGUUCUGCAGGAAGCAAAAGCAAACCCAGAUCACUUCUAUUGCCUGAGAACUCCGGAUCCCUACAGGCCCAGCGCUGCCAAGGUUCCCUCCUCCCCCAGACCUCACAGUCUGCACGGGUAAGGGGCUAGGAGCCUCCUUUCAAAAUCACAUUCGAACUGGACUUGCAUGUCAAAGCCAGACUGGCCAUGUUGGAUCAAGGACCCCGUGCUGGAACAAUGAGGUCCCGUCUGUCUGUCCUUGUGUAACAUAGGAAGGAAAGGAAAGGGGGAAAGGGAGGAGACGUAACCCCUAAAUGAGUAACUGUGACUCAAGGGUGGUGGGGUCCCUACCCCUCUUCCAGAGCUCCUGGGUUUUGUAUAUAUCAUUCUGUGGACAUAUUGGGACAUUGACCUUACUACAAAGCAAAUAGAACCAGGUCUCUUUUG